AUGUCUGCCACCGAGACCCAGGAAAUGACCAACGGCGAGGCCGUCACCUACAAGUCACUCGACCACCUUGCCUCUUACCCAAUAAUCUCUGACUCCAUCACCACCUUCAAAGGCUACCCUCUUGGCCAGCGAUCCAUCAACAUCACACACUCUGCGUACAGUACCUUCAUUGCACCAUUCUCGCCCUACCUCUCCAAAGCCGCCCCUCUUGUCAACCGCGCCGAUGACCUCGCCGAAAGCAGCCUAGGGAAGCUCGAGGAGCGCUUCCCCAUUGUCAAGGAGCCUACUGAGAACAUCAAGAACUCGGUCGUUGGAUACCCAAAGAAGCUUGCUAGUGAGACCUACCGACGUGGAUUGGAGCUUGCAAAUGACACAAAGGAGUAUGUCUUCAACGUCUAUGGCGAAGAGCUUAACAGGCAAGGAUCCGGAGAGAAGGGGUAUAUUCCUAUGGCCAAGGCAGGUGUGACGACUGGAUUGGUGGUCAGCUCAGACCUGAUGAGCAUCAUCGCGUCGUACCUGGGAAAGAAGAGCAAGAAGGCCAACGAAAAGCUCGAGGAGAUUAAAAAUGAUGCUAAUAGAAGCAACUAG